AUGUGUCCCAGGGGGCCCCCUGCCACCGUGCUGCUGAUGUUCCUCAUGCUGACCCUGAUGUCUUCCAGGCCGAUCGUGGACAGCAGGGAAUCACAAAACGACACAUUCCAGAGGCAGCACAUCGGCGAGCUGUCACACCCGCCCUUCAGUAAUACCUGCUGCAACACGAGGUUGAGGAGACAGAAGAUGACCACUCCUGCAAGCAAGCCCUGCAACACCUUCAUCCACAUAGAUUUAUCAACAGUAAGAGCAAUCUGCACACGGACCGGGACUCAGAGGCCCAACAACAGGUAUUACAGCAAUGAUAGCUUCUGUGUCCCCGACUGCAAAUUUAUAAGAAAGGACCCACGACAAGGCGGUGUGUACUGUGCAACCACUGUCUCCCAGAGGAUUUCUAUAACCUGUGAGCAAGUCCAGGGAGCUGGACUGGUGCCUGUCCACUAUGGCAAAUACAAAGAGUGCUUCCCCUAGUAGCCUGUGGUCGGGCAGGCGUUGACACCGCUGCAUCCUUCAGCUUUCUAAAUCUACUUUUCUGCAAUAUAAAGCCAUUGCUUCUCAUCUGACCUGCUGCAGCAAGGAAGAAAAAAUGUUCUUUUUUAUGGCAGCCUUGUAGUAGCCAGAAGCAGAGGGGUUAGUAUCAUGAGCAAUAAAUAUAUGCUCUUGGAGACAUCCAGGCAAGUGUUUAGUAUUUAAGAUUAGCUAAUGCAAAGCUUGCAAGAUUGCAACCCACAAGUGGAAUUUGUCUGUCACAAUUUAACCAAAGUCUUGAAUGUAACUGUUCGCACUGAUCUUGAGACUGACUAGGUCCCCCAAAAAAACCAGACUACAAGAUUAGCUGAUCUAACAGGUUUUUUAAAGGUCAGCCGUAACAAGAUCUAACCACCUAACAUAAUUAGCACAUUCCUAGGAAUCCAAGGAAUGAGAAACCAAGGGGUUGAGCUUGGGCAGGUAAUGCUAAUUUCAAACCUCAAAGUAAUGUGGUGUAAUUUGCUUAUUGAGUGAAACCGAGUUCAAGCGGUAACCUUACAUGAUAAUUUCUAACACCUUUUGACCCAAUAGGGUAACAGCUCUAGGGCAAGACUGUGAGUGGC